AGAUAUAAAACUGUAUCUAAGAUAUAUAACUGUAUUAACUGUAACUUAUGACUUCUAAUUAUCAGCGGAUUAAUAAUUGCUUGCUUAAUCAUUUACAGCUGAAUUUCCCACGUCAAAAAUAAAAAUUGUAACAUUGACGUCUUUGGUAGAUCGUGAAUGUGAAGAGUCGCACGACUGAGUACUGUUAGGAUCCCUCCCUAUCCUGAUCUUUCACGCAUUCUCUUCUCCUACUCUUCCUGCUUUUUUAUCUUUCUUUUAUCAUCUCUUCUUCGCGCUCUGUUCUCCGUAAAAUUAGAAGGGAGAGAGAUGGAAGCCGCGUGCGGAUACCACCGCAUAAUCAUCGUCAUCGUUGCUUAUCUCCAUCGUCGAAUGUAUACUUGACAUUGAAUAUUCAAUAUCCUCGCGCGUCUCUCUUCAGCGAUGGAUCUUCGCUUUGGAAUAUUCCUUGUAAUCUUCUUGAUUGCAGCCUUUAUCUGGCAGCCUAUCAACAGCAAAAAUUCAGGUAAUCAUGCUUCUUCAAAGAAGAAAAAUUCAACCAAAAUUCAACUCAGUGAAGGUAUUGCGUUCAAUCCUUUUCUUCAGCAAUCCAUAAAUUCUAGUGCUGACAGCAAUAUCUUUCUGUCGUUACAUGUCAACGAAAAUGAAAAGCCAAAUAUAAUUCAAGAGAAUAAUUCAUCCAGCACUGCAGUCUUCACUAACAAUCCCUUCUUGAACUUUGGGACUGACACAAGAGUUGAUACAGGAACUUCUAAUGCACCGGAACCAGUUACACAAGCAUCUUAUAGACCACUGCCAUCUGCACCAGUAAUUAAUACACCAUCAUCAUCAUCUCAUGCACCACCAGCACCAGUUAAUAACCCUUUUAUAAUACCUCCUACAAAUAAUCCUCCUAUUAAAGUUAAACCUCCAUCCUCAGGAACAGCAUCAUUGGAGGAUAUACCUAUCAGGAUCGACUCGAAAACAAGAUCAGAGCUUAAAUGCGACGAAUAUGUGAGAGAACUCGUAGGCACAACUGAGAUAAUGUCGCUGGCCGGCAUAUCGUCUGACGUGAUCAAGCUGGACAAUGUCUGUCGGGAUACGAAUCGUUUGGUCGUCGGUGGCACCGAGGCCAAAGCCGGCGAAUUUCCGCACAUGGUCGCCUUGGGUAGACGUAAUUCCGACGAGACGUUUACCUUGAUGUGCGGCGCGACGCUGAUCUCACAUACUUGGGUACUUUCAGCUGCGCAUUGCACUUACGGACCAAAUGGCGCACCGACUGAUGUGCGAAUAGGCUUUCACAGAUUGACAGAACAACAACCUGGUGUCACAAUUACCAUCAAAAGAAUGAUACGACACACGGAUUACAAUCCACCCGCAAUGUAUGCGGACAUAGCUCUAAUAGAACUCAUGAAUAGCGUUACGUUUAGUAUGUUGAUACGACCUGCGUGUCUUUAUCAACAAUACGAUACUGUACCUACAAGUGCCUGGAUCAGCGGCUGGGGUGUCACCGAAUUCGCUGGAGAUCAGACAGAUCGAUUGCAGAAGGCUAAGCUGGAUCUGGUGGACAAUUUAGCGUGCACAAUACGGCAUAACAGUUCCAAAGAGAUUCCUCAUGGUGUCACACCGAGUAUGAUCUGCGCCGGUGAUCCUCGUGGCGGUUGGACCAGUGAUUCCUGCCAGGGCGACUCCGGAGGUCCUCUACAAGUUAUCCAUCCUAGGAAUCUGUGCGUCUUCCAAGUGAUCGGUGUCACCAGUUUUGGUCAAGGCUGCGCGAUCAUCAACACGCCUGGCGUGUACACGAGAGUAUCCCAUUAUAUUUCGUGGAUUGAGAAUAUCGUCUGGCCACAAUAACGAGUUGACAUGCUUCUUAUGCUGCUUAUCCAAUUAUUAUUUGUCAAAAGAAUUUUAUCAAUGGUUGUGAAAGCUAAUUGUAUAUAUGUUAUACGUCUAUUAAUUGUGAUGUGCAUUAAACAGUCUGCAGUUCUGACUAGAAUAUUGAAACGGAAAAGU